UGUAUAUUGCCAUUUUGACUUUUUCUUUAGUUCGCAUAGCUAAAUCUGUUUAUGCAAUGGGUGAUUCCUUUAUCAUAGCGAUAGACUUUGGUACUGCAUACAGUGGAUAUGCCUACAGUGUGUCACCAAGAGAGGCACAAACUGAGCCCAUUCUGAAGACCUGGGGGAAAAAGCAUCGAUUUGACACCCCAAAGACUCCAACCUGCAUUCUUUUCAAUGAAAAGGAAGAAUUCAUUGGCUUUGGUUAUGAUGCCAAAAUGUCAUAUUGUAAGAUGGGUAACCCAGAAGCAAGGGAAAAGUACUUCUUUGAAAACUUCAAGAUGUCUCUCUAUGGAAAAAAACUCAAUAGAAACAUAAUGAUUCCGGCAGCAAAUGGAAAGUCAAUGAAUGCCCUGAAAGUAUUCACAGCAGCACUGCACUACCUGAAGGAAGAUGCACUGAAAACCAUUAGUGUCCAUACAUCAGGGAUUCAGUAUGUUGCCUCUGAUUUCACCUGGGUUCUGACAGUACCUGCUAUCUGGGAUGUUUCAGCAAAGCAGUUCAUGAGAGAAGCUGCAACUGAGGCCGGAAUUGUAACAAAUGAAACAGCAAACCGGUUGGUAAUAGCACUGGAACCAGAGGCAGCCUCAAUCUGGUGUAAGAAGCUCCCAGCUGAUGGUUUCAUUGCAGACAACCAAAACAAAGACACAUUAGAGGACACUCCAGGAACACAAUACAUUGUUGUUGAUUGUGGAGGUGGUACUGUUGACAUAACUGUACAUGAGGUGCUGUGUGGAGGCGCCCUGAAGCAACUGCACAAGGCUUGUGGCAAUGACAUGGGAGGACAAACAGUGGAUGAAAAAUUCAAAGAUUUCCUCAAAGAAAUAUUCUCUGAUGACCUGUGGGAUGAGUAUGAAAAAGGCCAUCCCAGUGAGCUUCAGAGAAUGAUGUAUGAUUUCACUUUCAUCAAACAAGAGGAUGAUGAUGCCAGAGUCGCCUGCCCAUAUAACUUAACUGAAUUAGCUAAGAAAAGAGAACAGCAGAUUGAAACAUACUUCAACAAGGUGCAAGGCGCAUCCUGGGAUGAUGGACAAAUCAAAAUCUCGAGAGAGAAAAUGAAAUCUUUCUUUAGUGACAGUCUUGGCAAGAUCACCAACAAUCUCAGAGAAAUCUUGAAGAAAGGUUUCAAAAUUCGGUAUAUUCUCUUAGUGGGGGGCUACGCUUCAAGUGAUGUUCUGCGUAGACGCAUUACCAGUGAGUUUAAUACUCAGUGUAAAGUGCUGUGUCCUUACAGGGCCCAGGAGGCAAUUGUGAAGGGAGCUGUCAUGUUUGGAAGAAACCCAGGGAUUGUGGCAAUCCGAAAAAGUGCUUUUACAUACGGGAUUGAUGUCUGGCAGAAAUUUGAUGAGUCCACACACCGGGCAGAAAAGAAAAUCGCAAAUCAAGAGGGGGACUGGUGUCGUGAUAUUUUCAAGAAACUGGUGGAAAUAGGUGAGGAUGUUGGUUGGGAUGAAACCAGAGAGCACAUUUUCAAUCCUGUAGAUGCAAAUCAGACAUCUGUAAUUUGUGCAUUUUACCGCACAGAAAGAGGAAAUCCAAAGUAUGUGGAUGAGUGGGGACUGGAGCCUGUUGGUUCAGUUUAUGUUAACAUGCCCUGCACUGAACGCGGCAGAAAUCGAAAAAUCAAACUGGAAAUAAAGUUUGGCUCCACAGAAAUUCAAGCCACAGUCACUGACAUUGAUUCCCAGUCAAGAGGUGAAACUAAGAUUGAUUUCAUGACCAGAGCAUGAAGAUUUUCUAGCUUUUCUACCAAAAUGCAGCUAUUUCCUCUGUUGUUUCCUCAAAACAUAUUGUAUCAACAUCAUACGACAAGUUCAAAGGUCAAGAUAUUAGACAAUUUGGCAAUGGCUAAAUAGAGGGCAUGUACCUUUUACCAUGCAUGCUGUGCCAUGGUCCCUCUCCUCAUGACCUUGGAACUUGCUCACCUUUGGAGUCCAUUCUAUGUACGUGAUCCAGUUCCAGGGUCCUGGUGUUGUACGUGGUGGCUCACUGGCACAGUUUACUGAGACACCGGAUAGAACUGAGUUGUCCUUAAUAAAAUUUGUUUGAGAAAUCAAAGCAGAUGGAAUUAAAGAGGCAUUUAAUUGAUCUUCAUGAUAUGUGUAAUAAAAUCAAAAUACAAACUUAUCCACAGACAACCAGGGGAUUAUAUCACAAAGAAAGUUCAGUUCAAAACUAAGGGAUCAUGGUGGGAUUUUUCUUAACUACUCUUUUGCUUUCUCCUGCAAUAACUUUUGCAAUACCUUGCAUUAAAUUUUGUGUUUGCCCUGAUCCACAGAAACAGUUAGUGUGUUGGUCCACUCCAGUUAUAACACACAACCAGUUUAGGAGAGAUGAUAAGAAAGGAGAGAUGAUGUCACACUUUAUGCAUUUAUUGUUCAUUAAUCCUUUUGAAUGGCCAAGCUGUGAAACUAAGCAGCCACCAGCUGUCAGCACAGCUGCAGCUACUCUGGCUGUGCUGGAUGAAGCUGUGGCUGUGGAUAUUGUUAUUGCGCUGACUACUGUUGCAUUUGUGGUAAUUUUGAUGGUGCUAUGGAAAUGGUUAUGCUGCCACACUACUGUCUUGUCCUUUCUCCUUAGCCAAGAGAGCAUCACCAAACCACAUGGGGUUUAGACCUGUAGUGUUUCAGAUAUAACACAUGUGUUAAAAAUACACCACAGGAGUUAGCGAGAAUUUAUCGCCUCCAGCUGGAAUUUUUUUCACAGCACUGUACAUCACAGGAAAAAUCAGGUUUGUUACCAGGCUUUUGCCAAGGUGAGUCCUUCUGCACCUCAGGAUUAGGGUUUUUUUUUCCUGCCAAUUACUUCUGGAUGUCUUACACUUAUUUAUUAUUAUUAUAUUUUAUUAUAUUUUACAGACAAAUUGUAAUGUAUGAACAUAUUUAUGUCCAUUCAAAUAAAUUCCCCAAGAUGAAGUUUAACGAAAAGUGUCAGGGGUAAUUGGAAAAAUAUGUAUUGUAAACUCUAUGACAUGUCAGUUAUUUACAUUGUACUGAUGUGUGAAAUGGCACAUGAAACGAUGGGGGUGAUUAUGGGGACAAAUGUGAGUUUGCUGCACUUAUUGUUCUUGCUGAAAGUUUGUGCCACUCCACAAUGAAGA